AUUUAGGCCCAAAAACCUCAGCAAAUCAUUCGAUUGGGACGAUGAAGCUCUGAUUUGACGAAGCUCUCUUCUCUAAUUCCUCCUAGGGUUUCAUUUCAUCUACGCACUCUCACUCGCUCAGAACUUCAAUCCAAGUGUGGUGAAGGGAUCCAUAGUAAAAGGGCUUUGCCGAAAUCAUCUAGGAACUCCCAAGUCCCAACACAAAGCAGCAGCUUGAGAACAAAUUAAAGAGGGAGAAAAAUGGCGGAAGAGGAGGCAAAGGCUUUAUCCUACAUACCAGAAACAAUAUUGAAGAAGAGGAAAACCAAUGAAGAAGUAGCCCUUCGGAGGAAAGCCCAAUUGGAGCUCAGGAAACACGCUAGUAAGAAAGAUAAGAAGGAGUAUAUCAAAAAGCCCGAGGAAUUUGUCAAAGAGUUUCGCUACAUGGAGGUGGACCUUGUCAGGAUGAGACACAGGUUAAAGAAAAAGAGGCCAGAGUUGGCGACUCCAAAGUCGAAGCUCCUUUUCAUCAUCCGCAUACAAGGAACAAAUGACAUGCAUCCAGCAGUUAGGAAGACCCUUUACAACCUGAGGUUGAGGAAAGUGUUCAGUGCUGUCUUUGUGAAAGUGAAUGCUUCAGUAAUUGAAAAAUUACAAAGGGUGGAACCCUAUGUUACUUAUGGGUAUCCUAACCUCAAGAAUGUGAAGGAACUGAUUCGCAAGAAAGGCUUUGGAAACGUAGCCAAGCAAAGGGUACCUCUUACGGAUAACAAUGUUAUUGAGCAGGCACUUGGGCAACAUGGAAUUCUUUGCAUAGAAGAUCUUGUGCAUGAAAUUGCUAAUGUUGGUCCUCAUUUUAAGGAGGUUGCUCAUUUUCUAUACCCCUUUAUGCUCAACAAGCCACAAGGGGGUUUAAAAGGGAUAAAGAAAGUCUACAAGGACGGAGGAGAAUCUGGCAAUCGUGAGGAUCACAUCAAUGAGCUAAUAGACAAGAUGAAUUAGAAUGCAGAGAACAUUAUGGAAAUAUUUUUGUACCUUUCGGCUAGAUGGUCCAUUUUAUUUUCUUUUUUAUGCUAAGAAUGUCACUAGUAUUGUAAUUUUCCUUGAAACUAUUUAAAGUAGUAAAAUCGUGGUGUUACUCGUA